AUGGCAAUAGCGGUUAAACCUACUCAGGGGCUGUGCUUCCUUAAAAACAGUGUUAAGGCCGUCGCGCCUCCUGUGGAUGACACUAAGAAAUGUGUUACCUGUAAUGCUUUAUUUUCCGAUGUCACGUCUCAAAAAUCGCACUUUAAAUCUGAAUGGCAUCUUUAUAACGUGAAGCGUAAGGGUAAUGGCAUCCCACCUGUUGGUCACGACGACUAUAUGAAGUUGAAGGAAGGUCUCGCGCAGAUGAUGACCAUAAAGAACAGCGCAUUGGAAUCUAAAAUGAAAAUGCACAAAUAUCGCAAACCUAGAGAUACGUCACAUGACGUUACAAUACGUGUCAGUGUGCCAUCGAGUCAUCUCGAUGAGCACUGUGACGCCCACGCGGCGCAAAAUGGCGUUACAGCUGUGCCGUACGACCCCGUGUGUUGCCUUUUCAGUGGUAGGAGGGCUUCUAGUGUCGAGGAGAACCUGAAAUGUAUGGCCAAGGCCUAUUCCUUUUUCAUCCCAGAGAAGGAGUACGUCAUCUCUGUGGAAGGACUGCUGUGCUACCUACACGAUAAAAUAUAUAAUCAAAAUAUAUGUAUAUACUGUCAAAGGCAGUUUCGUAGCACUUAUGCAGUUUUGCAUCAUAUGGAGCAGAAACAACACCGUAAGGUAAACGACGAUGACCUUGAGGAGCUUGGUCAAUUUUAUGACUUCACCAGUUCAUAUGCCGAAUUAAUUCCAACAGCAGCGAUCGCGGAUAACGACAGUGCCAUCACAUCGGAUGACGACGAGUGGGAGGACGUUAUCACUACAAAAACAGACUGCAAGGAUGCCCUUCAGAGCCUAGCGUGUUAUGGUUUAUCUCGGGCUCGAAUCAAUGGUUAUGGUAACCUUACGUUACCUAAUGGCCGUGAGGCUAUUCAUAGGGAUGUAUCUUAUGUGUAUAAGCAGAAUUUGGCCCUACGUAAUGGCUAUGGCAUGAGCAAGGCGCCUAGUGGUUUCAGGUUCCUCAGCAACAGUUACAAGAAACACAUAGUUCAAGCCGAGAAACAGAAGCGUACUAAAUUAGAGCACAUGACUCUGAAAAUGCAGUACAAGUCUUACAAGUUGUUUGUCCCGUGUAACCAGAUUGCCUAUGCUACAUAG